AUGAAAUUCUCUUCAAUUGCCGUUGUCCUAGCUUUAUUGGCAUCGACCACCUUGGCCGAUCCUUCCGCCAACCAAGAGAAGCGUGAUGCUUCCCCAUACUAUUACUACAAACGCAACGCCCAGCCAUACUACUACUACAAGCGUGAUGCCCAAGCACCAGAGAAACGUGAUGCUGAACCAUACUACUACUACAAGCGUGAAGCCAACGAAGAGAAACGUGAUGCCGAACCAUACUACUACUACAAGCGUGAAGCCAACGAAGAGAAACGUGAUGCCGAACCAUACUACUACUACAAACGUGAAGCCAACCAAGAGAAGCGUGAAGCCAACCAAGAGAAACGUGAUGCCGAACCAUACUACUACUACAAGCGUGAAGCCAACCAAGAGAAAC